AUGUGGCAGGACUAUUGUGGAAGAGCGCUUCUUAAAACAAUGGGUGUUAUUGUUAAUGUGGUUGUGGUUCAUACUUCUGAGCAUGAGGUAUUGCACAUGAGAGACCAAAUCCAGCAGGGUUUGGAUGUUGUGGGGCGCUUCAUGGAGAAGCGGGCUUACAUGGUUGUGGGGGAAAGAAGCCAGGGUGUUGCAGCUCUGCAACGACGCAUGCUUGCAGACGCCUCCACUAAGUUCAAUGCUCCUUUGGAUAUUUCGAAGAUGCACCAUGUCGGGUACAUUGACUUCAGCAAGUUUGGACGGCUGACUACUAUUGACAUCAACCAGGCGGCUGAGUGGGCAAAGAGCAUUCUGACUCUGAACGAUGAAUACAGCCACUCGACAAUAUGUAUAUACUGUAAAAUAGGUAUGAUCUUGGCUGUUGCACCUUUGCUGGCGUCAGAAGGCGUGCUUGGUGGCAUUCGGGGAGAGAUGCGGAGGAUUGAGGACAAGUUCAUUGACAACAUGAUGGAAUGCAAGUCCAUCAACAUACCCUUUGACUUGAGCAGCGCCCACGGCAACAGGAGCUUGCCGGCCAGUCUUCCGGGUUGGAUGAUUGUGCUCGACACAACACUUGGUGCAAAACAAGGUACUCUAUACAAGGUUCCCAGAUCCAGUGACCGGCCAGCAGCCGACACCAAUACAUUCGCCAAGAAUGAUUGGUGGUCCUUGCACCGUUGCGGGGCCACCCUACCAGUCAACCCAGGAGACUAUGUGACGCCGGAGUCUGGAACCCUGUUCACACAUGAACAGGGCAGGAGCUUGACCGACAAGGAGGAAACCUCCCAGUGGGUUUCUGGCUUGGCGACCCUGAAGGAAAUGAUGACCGCCUGUGUCAGCCGCGUGUCAUCGCUGAAGCAUCAGACCUGUCUCUUCCACCACUUCAGUUGCUAUGAGGGAAAUUUUGAGAAGGUGAUGCUUGAUCUGAUGGUUGAAUUGAAUGACAGGGUCUACAUUGGCUUUCAUUCUUCGGCUCCCAAUCAGACCGUCUUUGAGUUUGCAGCAGCUAGUGUGAAGGACAAGCUGCUGGAGGCUGGAAUCAACAUGUUGUCAGCAACAAAUUGGAUUAAUUUUUGGGCCAGGAUUGAACAUGCUUUUGCCCCUGAAAGGAUUGGAAGCAAGGUGCCAAUUUGGUCGGGGCAAUGCCACCAAAGUAUCGUCCAACGGCAGAAAUGGGAGAUCUUCAAAUGCCGAAGCUGCCGCACUUGA